UGACGACUGACUAACCAGUCGCAGUGAUGGAUAAAGGAAAGUGAGACAACGUCAACCUCGUAAGUAACAAAUAUGUUAUCUUUUGAUAAUAAAAUAUCGAUGAAGCCUAACUAUGUAUGCUAUUAAUGUUAAUUUAGACAUUUAUUGAAAUAAGAUCUGUAGCAAAGGUCAACUCCAACUUUGUCUUCGAUUAUAAAAUUAUUCGUCCAGCAGGAGUACCGUACUCGCACAGUCAAUAAUGCAUUGUUGUCAAUAAUAUAUAAAUAAUAUAAAAUUAAGAGCGAUAGUCCUAUAUAUACUGCAAUAGGUUUAUAAUUUGGCCUUGAAAAAGUCAGUGAUAUUAAUAUUCAGUAGUAGCACUGGGAUUCAACCUGUUCGGACCAUGUCAACCAGCCGGUUCGCAAGGUGCGGAACCAAAUAAUAGCUGUGCUACUACUACUGUACUAUCUAUAAUCUAUAGCAGGGGUCGGGAACCUUUUCGUCUGAGAGAGCCAUGGACACCACAUAUUUUGAAAAGUAAUUCUGUGAGAGCCAUACAUUCUGUUUAAAGGAAGUGGAUGCGUACACCGAGGCGGUGUACCUAGCGAAACCAUCCGCUUUGGCCUGCGUAAACCGCGGUGUACCUAGUGAAAUAGUGGGCUUUGGCCUGGUACACCACUGCAAAAAUGUACCAUUGGCCUGGUUUUAAGCUAUGCCUGUAAGAGAAGAUCUUGUGUGGUCAAGUGGUUGAGUGCACGCCUGGCGAUAUUUUAGUUUUAGAUCAAUUCCAAGUAGGGGAUCAAGUUUUGAUUUUCUUCCCAUUUUUAUUUAUAUUUAAAUUAUCAUGUUCAUUUGCAACAGUAGUUUCAUCAGCAGUUUUUUAAAUAUUUUGUUGCAAUUUAAAUAUAUGUUAUAUUCAGUAUUCAGAUUAUUAAGUGUUUCAACAAGUUGUGCCGGCCUUUGACUUUAAAAAUAUGGGUAAUAUUAGUAACGAAGUGUCUACACGUCCGGUGCCGGACAAAUAGUGCGCAUGAUAUACGUCCGGCGGGCAUGUCACGUGACUGCCGGACGACUAGUAGUUUUUAUUAUUCCGAACGAAGUGUCAUUUUAGAAGGUCUUGUGUGGUAGAGUGGUCGCUUGACGAUAUUAUAUUUGUGGAUCGAUGCCCAGUAUGGGAUCGUGUUUUUUUAAUUUAAAUUAUCAUGUUCAUCAGCAACAGCAGUUUUAUGAGAGCUUUUAAAAUAUUUUUAGCAAUUUAAACAAAUUAAAAUGAAAUCUUUUACUGUUAUUGGUUGCCUACUCCAUACUGAAUACUGGCCCCUAAUUUAUUUUAUGGAUUACUGGUACACAAACUGAAAUAACGAACUAAACAAAAAUGUUUACAAGCCACUUUCACUUCAGUUUUUUUCUAUUAUUUGCAUACAAGAUACUCAGUACAUUACUUGGUAGAGAAAUAGAUUUUAAAAUUAACCAUAGUUUUGAACAAUUCGCGGUCACGGGACAAGGACAAAAUAUCUCUCGCCACUUUGUUUCGGCGGUCUAGUGACUUGGUCGCCGGACAAAUAGUGCUGGAGAUAUACGUCCGGCGCGCCGGACGUGUAGACACUGCCUAUUAGUAAUAAGACAUAAGAAAACGAACUGAAAAGUUCUGAAAGCGCAUGUAUAGUGUAUGUAACAUGUAUAAGAGAAACAUUUUGAAUACUAAGUGAUAUUUUAUUGCAUUUCAUCAUUCUUCGUGUAGUUGAAUAUUUACAUUUUUCUUUUACGAACACCCAAAGAAAAUACUAGUAUAUCAAUAAUAUCAUAUGAAUAUUAAUGUGCAUGGUCAAAUUUCAACCAUCUUGCUUUCACUAUGCAUUGGCAAAAUGUGCACACAAUAUCAACGGUUCAUUCACAACCCUCAGGCUCACAGCAAAUCUUUUGAAAAAAAAAAAGAAAGAUUUUAGUAACUUAAAGCGCGGUAGCAUACUGUAUAGCAAAGUCAUAAGUCUGCGUUUACCCUGUUCAUGACAGAAUUUGUUUCCAGAUUGGCAUGGCAUGUGCUAUUCUCAGGGUAAAACACGAUGUUUUCUCAAGGACAUGCGCAUGAGACAGGAUUUGCUCUAUUUCAAAGUUUUUUAUUGUUUUUUUUUUUUUGUUAAGAAAUUAAUCAUUUUCGGGGGGGGGGGGGGUGUUCCAAAAAGGACGCCCCAACAACAAAUUUCCUAAUCAUUUUCGGGGGGGGGGGGGUUGUCCACAAAGGACGUCCGCACAACAAACUUACCCGGAAGGGGGGGGGGGGUGCUGAUGGCCGCCUACAUUUUUUACUUAGGUGUAAUGCCAAUGUAAAACUAAUUCAGUGAUAUUUAAUUAUUGUUAAAAGACUUUUAAAAAUCACUGCAUUGUUUCGUAUUGAUCAUCAUACUGUCUGUUGUUUUGUGUUGACAAUCGCUUGAUAUGACAAUGCCUUGGACAACUUGAACUUCACGACUUCAUGAUCAAUGUAUGUGAUUCUCUUCCCUUAACUGCCAUAUUGUAUUUUGAUACACUGGCUUCCCAUUCAUUUUUUACACCAUGCCUCGAGGAUCAAAUGCAAUUUUAUAAUUAUAAUCCCCCCCCCCCCCAAAAAAAAAAAAAAAAUUGGGGGGGGGAAUAAUUUUAAAUUAGCUCCCCUUAGCUAUACCUAUUAAGAUUCACAAUCGUAGGAUAAAACUUACUCCAAUUAAUAAAUAUAUUUGUAUUGCAUUAUAUUGGGGGAAAUAAAGUAACAUGGUUAACUUCAAAAAUAAAUCAUGGUUUAACAUUACACCCCCAGCCCCCUCCCUUCCAAUAAAUAAUAAGAAAUGCUCUACAAGUACUUUGCCACAUAAGUAUAAGCGUAGAACUUACACAAUAUUAUCCUCCCAAGGUACUAAACGAUUUUUAAAUAAAUAGUUUUCAGUUUUAACAAGAGUACAACAUUAAAUCUACAAAUACAGGUUAGGCCAAGAAGUUAAAGAAUCGAAAAGACCAUGGUUUUGCUACUUUAAAUCGCUGCGGUGUACGCAGGCCACAGACAAUGAUUUAGCUAGGUACACCACCACGGUGUACGCAGGCAAAAGUCAAUAGUUUCGCUAGGUACACCGCCGCGGUGUACGUAGCUAAAUCAUUGUCUGUGGCCUACGUACACAGCAGCGAUUUAAAGUAGCAAAAUUCAAGUAAAAUCUGUGCAUUUUGUGUAAUUUCAACACUAAAAAUGCAAUAAUUAUGUCCUGAAUUCUUUUUAAUAACAUUGUUAUGCAGUUGCUAAUCAAUAAUGAGUAUAUCUUACCAUUAAUGCAACUUUUUUUUUUAUAAUCAAACAUUUGUCUGCGAGCCAGAUGCAGCCAUCAAUAGAGUCACAUCUGGCUCGCGAGCCAUAGGUUCCCGACCCCUGAUCUAUAACUAUAGUAUAGAUAUACUAUAGUGUAGUUAUAGAUAGAAGUAGAAGGUAUUUUAAAAAGGAUUUUUUGUGUUGUUGUUUUCAUGGCUCAUUGAAAGGAAUAUUUAUGAAUAAUUAUGUUUAAAAUUAUUAACACAACAUAGCAUUUACUGGUAUUCUGCAGCAGGUUGCACAACUCAAAAUGUAAGGCGGGCCUGUAAUUGUAAUAAUGAAUGAUUUAAUGAAAAACGUGUGAGGGCCGAAAGAAAAUAGGACAGUGGGGGGAAAGCUGUUAAGAGAAUAAUAAAAAAGAAAAUUCGGUUACUUUGCCCACAAAGUGGGUGCUGGAGGGGUGGUUUGUUGUGCAGGCCUGCUCUACAGUCUUUAUCUAAUGUCACAGUAAAAUUGUUUAACAGGAUUUUUAAAUUUAAGAUAUUCUUUUGAAACUUGAGUGAGACGAAACUCCUUGAUCCAUGGGAAAAAAAGUAUUGAAUAAGCUUUACAGUAAUCUGUGCUAUUUCAUGCCAAAAAAAAGUUUAUAAAUAUCGGGGCAUCCCAAUCCAGAAAUGAUGGGAAGGUUUAGUGCAGUGACUUAAAUUUAAAUUAUUUAAAUGGAUAACUAGGAUUUCAGGUUUAACAUGUAAGUUAUUUUAGUACUAUGACCAUGUAUUAAAUAUUUAGCUCAAUAAUUUUUUUUUAAAUUCUAAUCACAAAAUAUUUUGUUCAGGUGAUAGUGUGUUGUGGUCAGCAGUCAGCAGUAGCAGUAAAGCUGACCAUUGAAUCAAGUAAGGAAGCUUGUCCAUUCCACACACAGCACAUUCAAUGCUGUAGCUGUCUUCUUCAGCCAUGGCUUUACCUGCUGACUAUCACAGAACUGAUGGUUGGUUUGACUGGGCUUAUAAGGGUGUAGACCAUUCCUUUCCUGGAAAUGGUGGGCUUGAAUGCAGAGAUUUCCUAAGCAUCUCUCAACGUUGCUGGGAGAGUUUGGGAGCCUCUGUGGUUGCACUCCUCGCUUUGAUAGUAGCAUAUCCAAGGUUGCAGCUGCCUCGACCAUGUUCGUGUGCAUAUCGUCGUAAACCGGAGCCCCUAGGAAAGAGGCUUCUCCUACUCCUGAUGUGUUUGACGUUUGGGAUUGAACUUGGGUUCAAGUUGGCCACUCGUCAGAUGAUCUGGAUUGGAAAUCCUUGUCACCUGGCAACCAUGAUGCAGGUUUGUUAUUUUCUGUUAUUUACUUCUGUCUUAUAAUACAUUACAGAUGGAAGUGUUUUUUUUUUAUUGUUUAAAGAAGUUAAAUUUCAUUUCGUGAGGGGAAAAUUGCUUUAAAAGCUUGUGACAUAUUUCUUUGCAGUCGAUCGAGAUCCAAAAUUUUUUGAGCAAGCGUUUUAUUAGUGAGGUGUUGUUUUUUUUAAUGCUAACCCAACUUUUCUGCUUUCACCUUUCUACUCAAGUCUUAAUUAAACAUAUACAUAUUUUCAAAACUUAACUUGAAUCAUGAUCUAUCUUUUUUAAAUUUUAGUGUUCUUAAACAUACCUUGUGUACCAAAGAAAAAAUUUUUCAAGAUAUUGCGAGUCAACAACAUUGAAUUUUAAAAUACUAAUGUACUAUGCUCAACUUAAUGUCAGAAAUAAAAUGUUCAGAUAAUCAGAGGAUAAAAAUAAUAUUUGUGGCCAUCCUUCACGCUGAGUCCCCUGUGCCUUUACACACUAAUUACUUAGUGUAACUAUUUCAUAUUAUUAAGAGUACUGUAAGCAUCUGGUUUGUUGUUAUGCCAAUAUAUUUAUAUUACAAAUUAAAUUCAUGGCUCAAAGGAACAGAUUAGACUUUGUCAACCGGUUGUCCCCAUUUUUCACUGCUUUAGCCUUUUGGGCCUCAUCCAGUUUAACAAGGGGUAUAAAGCUUGUAGCACUUUUUACAAUGUUAAUGAUAGAUUGUUGUGGAGUGGUCACAUGUCCUUCAGCUUUAGGGUCCUGCUAAUAAGGGGUAUAUAGUUUGUAACACUUUUUACAAUGUUAAUGCUAUAUCAGGGGUUUGGAACCUAUGGCUCAUGUGGCUCUAUUGAUGGCUACAUCUGGCUCGCAGACAAAUGUUCGAUUAUAAAAAAAAAGUGGCAUUAAUGGUGAGAAAUACUCAUUAUUGAUUAGAAACAGCUUAACAAUGUUAUUAAAAAGAAUUCAGAGACUUAAUUAUUGCAUUUUUAGUGUUGAAAUUACACAAAAAUGCACACAUAUUACUUGAAUUUUUACUUUUAAACACAAUGUAUGGCUCUCAGAGAUUUACUUUUCAAAAUAUGUGCUGUCCAUGGCUCUCUCAGACAAAAAGGUUCCCGACCCCUGUGCUAGAUUGUUGUGGAGUGGUCAAAUGUCCUUCAGCUUUAGGGUCCCGCUCAUCCAUAAAUCUCACUCCUCUCUCAAACCAUCUUCCAACAAAGCCAUCACACGGUCUGCUUGUAAACAGUGCACUCAGCUCAUGCUCACUUGCUUAAAAUUGUGUCUUUCAAACAAAAAGAAGGAUCAAGACUUUCAUGUGAUUGUAUUUUUGCUAGUUGGGGCAAAGAAAACACUUUACUCUUGUAAAAUACAGGAAGAGGUGCAUAAUCUAAUAAUGCUUAGUUGUACGACUCUAUAUAGAGUGGGUAAAGGGGGUACUUAUGCUGUUUUAUUGGAGUAUUGGCUGUUAGUGGUGCCAUAUUAGUAAGGUAUUUACAUGUACUGACACCAUUCUAAUUUUAAUUUUUUUUGUUCACUUGGUGCGCAUUAUGGGGGACAUAUUGUUUGGUGUGCUCUAUAAAGGUUUUUUAGCAAUCUUAUGCACAAAAGAAUUUUUGUUAUGUAGAUGGAGAGAGGGUUGGUGAGGGCUGAAACACAUUUAUUUACUUUCCAGGACUGUAAUGAACAUUUCCUUAUUUCUUUUAUUGAAGAACUGCCCUCCUUUGUUUAUAAACACUUGGCCCCAGAUGGAUGAACAGGGGCAAAGAAAUGAGUAUUCCUGGUGUGUCAUAUAGGAAUGCUAAUGUUUUGAGGAUUGGUAGCCAUUAGGCACUUUCUCCUAGUUUGCAUUUAACAUAAAGAUCUAUAAUACAUAACCUUUUACGCAGUAUCAUGUGGCAAAUGGAAUAUUUUUAUCAUAAUAUUAUCACAUAUUUUGGUAAUUUAAAAAAAAAAUUGAAAUCCCAUGACUUAAUGAGUCCCUUCGAGUCUUAAAUGUAAACAUUGUGGCUAAUUCAGGAAGAUGUCAUUCCCUUCCUCUGUCAUUUUAAACCAAAUACUGAGAAACAGAUGUAUAUCUGUAUUUUUUUAAAAAUGCCACGUUACUUGAAAACAUGUGCAAUGUAAUCAAAGUAAAUUUCUGUUAAUUUAUAUCUAUAAAAGCAUCUUAUAUUAUCAUAUUCUUGAAAGAGUGAGGUUAGUAACACAUCUACAUUUGACAUAAAGACUGAACUACCUCUUACGGGAAAAGUAGAAAAGUUAGAUAUCUCAGAUGACACCGACUAGCCAGAGAUGAGGAUGUUUAGACAGCCCACAGGACAGCACUGACCUGGCUAUCACUUUUAUCAUUGCCUCUCACACCAACUAGCCAGAGAUGAGCAUGUUUAGACAGCCCACAUGACAGCACUGACCCGGCUAUCACUUUUAUCAUUGCCUCUCAUUUUUCCCUGUAGCAACUGUCAGUAAUUUCAGCAGGAACCUUUGCUCAAUUUUCUUUUUAAUCUUUUAUUUUCUGAGCAAUGUUCAUGUUCCACUACUAUGAAUAGUUUGACCUAUAUAAUAAAUAUUAACUAAUGCAAGAUUACAAGAACAUGUCUUGACACUUCAGCAGGCAACUCCAAUGAAUGAAUGAAUGAAUAAAGAAGUUGAUAUGUACAGGGGCUUAAUUCCAUAGUUAUGAAUAAAUAAUGGUAUCGCAUGACUUGAUAACUCUUGGAUGGGAAAUGUUUCUUUAUUGUUGGCGUGCUAUCAUUGUAAGAACAUAUAUUUAAAUGAAAGCCCACUACCUUUUAACAACAUUUGGGGGGGGGGGGGGGGGGGUUAAAAAAGAAAGCCCCCCACCCCCCCCCCUGGUUUUUUUUUAUUAAAGGAUUUUUUUAUCAAAGCUAGUUGACACUUGACAUGAUAUUGAAAGGUCAUGGUCACCUAAUCUCUUGGUGUCCCAGUGAUAACAUUAAGGCACUCUGUUUUGUAACAGUACAAAAAGGUUUUCUUAAUAGCUGAGAAAGCCACAUUUUUCUUGUUUCUUACUUCUUCAGCCAUUAGGUGGUCUCCUUGUUGUGUGUUAAUCCUGUACUUUUCUGGAUAUUUGAAAACAUUAAAGAGUGCCCAUGUAAAAAUAAUAGUAGAUUAAACAAAAGCUACUUCAGCAUCAGUUUAUUGAACUUGACCGAUUCAGCUGCUGGGGAGUUGUCUGAAUCAGACUACCCCAAGCCACUUUCCAUGCUGCACCUACACUCAUCAGUGGCACCCCAAAGGAGGGAAAGCAUGAUGCCAAAUUUCAAAGAAACAUGUCAAGGUGUGCUCCUGUUGCUUUUAUGUUCUGGUAUUGCUGGCGUUUGAUCUCCAGCCUGUAGAACGUAUGUUCAUGUCUUGUGUCCACCCACUCCCAAUUAUGUCGCCUCAAGUAUUUGAUGGAUGCAUCAUAAUAUAGUGGGCGCUGUUAGUUGUGAUGUGCUGAAGAGCUAUUUUCUUAUUGCAUUUAUUAGUUACAUAGUUCCCAACUGGGCACUGCACUAUGCGCAGUUAUCUCUACAGACUCGACAACAGAAGGGAACCUUUGUGCCGACAAUGCGGACUCGAAGAGGAGACAGUAGCCCACUUGGUUGUCACGUGUCCGAAUAGUGGGACGGGGGCCGACGGUAGGAAUCCGGAGGCCUGCCUAAAUGAUCUCCUUUACGGGAGCGCCCAGCAGAUGAGGCGCGCCGUGGAAAUCGUGUUCAGGGUCCUAAGAGAUUGAAUCUCGACCCCUUUUGAGUAUUGAUCUUUAUUAGUUACAUAGUUCCCAAAAGUUUGACUUCCACACCUUGGUGAUUGCACAAGUGUUGAAUCUUUGCCUGCUGCCACACAUGUUGUGCAAGUGUUGAAUGUGGGCCUUCUGCACACAUGUUGUAUGAGUGUUGAAUGUGGGCCUUCUGCCCCACAUGUUGUAUGAGUGUUGAAUGUGGGCCUUCUGCCCCACAUGUUGUACAAGUCUGAUUUACCAAAACCUUAAACCACUUCCCAAACACCAAGUACACAUACGUUUAAUUUUCUUGAGUGGCCUGCCCACCAGAUGUCUGGUUGAUGGCUUGUUCUAAUAGAUUUAUUUAACUAUGAUUAUGAUUUAGGCCUCUUAACAAAGCCAUAAACCUUUUGCACCUUAAGCCUAUAUAUAUAUUUGUACAACCUUAUAUUUAUACAAAUAGAAGAUCAUAUGAGCAUCUGGGAAUCAUAGAAAAUGCAGGAAUGAAUUGAAAAUCGUUGCUACAUUUUCAAAUUGUUUGAUCAAUAAUUUAAAAGUUAAUACAUACUAAACAUGAUCUUUCUAUGUAUCAGUGAUCAAUAGAUUUAGUGAAAUCUUAGUGAUUUAGAUGAAAUUAAAAAGGAUAAUUUGAAAUGAAUAAGUUAUGAUGAUUUCAGUAAGAAGUGUUGCAACAAAUAUGAUUAAUCUGAUGGGAUGUGAUCAAAAGAACAGAAUAUCUUUAACUAUUUUUGUACUGAAUUAAUGGAAGUUAAUUUGUUCCUUCAAGAACAGCCCCCACUGGCUCAGUGUACUCCAGCUGCCUCAUGCCUACUCAUUUCUAACAUACUCUCAAUUAUACUCAACAAAAUUAGACACCUUUAUCUCCACAAUAGUACUAUCUAUCUCUGUCACAUUUCUUUAUCUUAUCACACCAGUAAGGAGUUUCUCCCUUAAACAUUUUCAUUGGUUAUUGUUUCUCCACCUGGGUCCAAGAAGUUUCCUGUAAACCUCAGGUAUCUGUGUGAAGCAGUCCUCUCAUAAAUCAAGUCAGUUCGUCUGAAAAAUGAAUACCUCUUUUUUUUUCUUUUUUUUUUUUUGUAAUAUGAAAUACAAAAUCAUUUGGUUUUAUUUAUUUAAAAUGUAUGGCUAUGUUUUAAAUGUCAAAUUGUAUGGCAGAGGGUCACAGAGAAGUAUGGUUGGCUUCAGGGCUCCUUGAUCAUGUCAAUUCAAGAGUUACUUACCAACUACUUAAGGUGUUAAAAGCACAUUUUGAGAAGCACUGCUGACAAGCAUGAUCAACCUGUGAGUGAGAGCUUGUAAGUUUGUAUAUUAACAUCCAAGUGUUAGUUAUCUUAUUCUUGCCCUCCUGUUAUAAUCAUAUGAUCAAUUAAUGGUAACUUUUUUUUUACCUUGAUGCAUUUCAUUCAUGAAAUGAAAGACACUUCACUUGAGUCCACACGUCGUCACAGCACCGUCACAGCACCGUCACAGCACCGUCACAGCACCGUCACAGCACCGUCACAGCAGCGUCACAGCAGCGUCACAGCACCGUCACAGCACCGUCACAGCAGCGUCACAGCAGCGUCACAGCACCGUCACAGCAGCGUCACAGCAGCGUCACAGCAGCGUCACAGCAGCGUCACAGCAGCGUCACAGCAUCGUCUCAGCAUCGUCACAGCACCGUCACAGCACCGUCACAGCACCGUCACAGCACCGUCACAGCAGCGUCACAGCAGCGUCACAGCAGCGUCACAGCAGCGUCACAGCAGCGUCACAGCAGCGUCACAGCAGCGUCACAGCAGCGUCACAGCAGCGUCACAGCAGCGUCACAGCAGCAUGUGUUCACCCAAAGGCUAACUAAGAAAUUGAAUACAUUUGAAGUUUGCUCAGAAAGUGUAGCUACUGCCUUUCAACAAAUAGAGUCAUUACUGCUCUCUCCAUGUCUAAGUUUGUUGUCAUCCGCAGUGUAUCUGUUGUGUGCCAUGUAUCUGUCACUGUCUUCAGUGUGUCCUAUUUAUAUGAGUAUGCAGUUUCUUCGGCAUGCAUAAGUCAUAAAUAAUAUAGGACACUUAAAUCACAGCUUGAGAAUGAAAUGUUGAUGUAAGUCUAUAGCUGGAUGUAAAAUGUGUUUUUUGUCUUAAGAGGAAUGACAUAAUAUUGAUUUCCAUACCAGCUGUGGGUUGUCUUUCUAUACAACUUGUGGGUAUCAUUUCUAUGCAAGCUGUGGGUUGUCUUUCUAUACAACUUGUGGGUAUCAUUUCUAUUCAAGCUGUGGGUUGUCUUUCUAUACAACUUGUGGGUAUCAUUUCUAUGCAAGCUGUGGGUUGUCUUUCUAUACAACUUGUGGGUAUCAUUUCUAUGCAAGCUGUGGGUUGUCUUUCUAUACAACUUGUGGGUAUCAUUUCUAUGCAAGCUGUGGGUUGUCUUUCUAUACAACUUGUGGGUAUCAUUUCUAUGCAAGCUGUGGGUUGUCUUUCUAUACAACUUGUGGGUAUUAAUUCAAUGCAACCUGUGGGUUGUCUUUCUAUACAAGCUUUUGGUUGUCUUUCUAUAUAACGUGUGGGUUGUCUUUCCAUACAAGCUAUGGGUUAUUUAUAAUUAACUGAAUAGUAUGGGUUAAGAUAUGUAUAUUCAGUUAAUUGUAUGUGCUACAAUAUGUAAUGAGCCAAUUAAGCGGGAAAUUGCAGGAUGCAUUAUUACUAUUACACAUUGAUCUUUGAGGCUUUUUUUUGUUAAUGGAUUCUGUCUCAAUGAUUGGUGAGAUGAGUGAGUUAAAUCACUGUGUAUUAGAUUUUUAGGAUGAUAAAGAUUGGUACCUCACCUAUUUCACCAAUCAGCAGCUAUAUAACUCACCAAAAGACAAAUAGCCAUAGUGGACCAGGUCUCUCGUUUGUGCCCAUUUGAUACAGCCAGUUUAGUCUUUUAGAAUUGAGUCUAUUCCAGUUUAUUCUGUUAAUUUGAGUCUAUUAAAAAAAAAUUCUAUUACAAUUUUGUGUCAAAUCUUGAGUUGUUUUAUUGACUUAUUUUUUUUUCCCUUGCUGUUCUCCUCAGAUAUUUAUUCUAGCAGCCCCUCCAAGCCGGAUUGUGACGGCAGCUUUCAGAUUGCACAUGCAUAUGCUGACAGGUGCUCCAAUAGCCAUCCUCUUCCCAGUCAUCAACACCAGAUUGGUCAGUGCUCAAUGCUAUUGAUCUUCUUAUUGAAAUUUUUCUUACCACAAUGUUCCCAGCGCCCUUGUACCCUAUGAUCAGAACCUUUAAAGAGUACCAAACACAUCUCUGCAUCGGCAAAUGCAAUGAGCUGUAAUCAUAACAUUUUUUGGUAAAAUUUCAUUUCGAAUUGUACUUUGUGGAAGGAUGUGAGAUUUAUUGAAAAUAACAUAAUCCAAUGCUCAAAGUGGAACCUAAAGGACAAUUAAUAAAACAUGACAUUCACAUAAUUGUUACAAAACAUUACAUUCACAUAUUUGUUACAAAACAUGACAUUCACAUAUUUGUUACAAGGUUAAUUUCAAGUUGUUUUUUUCCAAUUUACUUCCUCUUUCACUAUCAAAGCAAUUUUUUGUAAUGGUUCAGGACUGUUCAAAGGGACACAUUGCAGCACUUGUUUCUUGAACCCAAAUGUUUUAGGUAAAAAUUAUGUUACAGUUCUCUAAUUACAUGUGUAGAAUUACAAUCAACAUGUUACAGUAUUUCAUGAUAUUAAACCAUUGGGAGGAGUUUUUCCUCAAGCAAGAGGAUAAAGUUAGCUAGUAAUAAAGAGAAGCCCUAGCGUGUUUCUUUCUUGCUGGUGUAUCAGUGACUGUUAAUAUGUUCCAGCUGCCAUUUGAGACAGGAGUGUAUUUCCUCCAGCACUUUCUGAUGCUGAUUAUUCCCUUCUACCUGAUGAAAACAGGGGGUAAGUCAUAGAGUUACCCCGUCGUGCCCAAAAUAAGAUUAACAUUAUCUAAGUGUGUAGGAUGAGUGCAUUACGUACACCUUCAGUGUUUAUAUCAGGCGGCUAUGAAAAAUGAAAACGCCCACUAACCAGCCACACUAAUGCAUAUAUAGUAGCUCCGCUGCAUGUUAGACUUUUGUUAUGUUUAUAUGUUAUGGGGCAAUGGUUCUCAACCUGUGGGUCAUGACACCCUCGAGGGGUCUGGGACAAAUUUUCUGGGGGGGUUGACUGAGGUUUUCAGAAAUUUAAAGAGGGGGUGGUAUAUUUAGAUGUGCAUUUUUCUUGAUUUUGAUUUUAAAAUUUAAAUAUGAUUUACUGGAAUUGCACUAGUUUCUUAUUGUUAGUAUGUUAUGACUACAGCUACAUAAUAUAUUUUUAAUACUACGAUCUAUUUGUUAGAUAUCAAAUAAUUUCAAUUUUAACAUUUAAUUUAAAAUAGAUAUUCUUUUGCAUUUUUUUAACACCGCACUCGGAUCCACUAUGUAUUGUCUCAAAAAUGCUUGACCAUUUGUGAAGAAACUGCACUUGGCUCAGCGCUAGUGUGCAAGAUGAGAUGAGAAUUACCUAAGUGUGUAAGAUGAGUGCAUUACACAUGUAUCGAAGUGCUGUCUCAAAUUAUUGCAGUUCCAACUCCUUGUGAAAAAUAUUUUUAUAACAUUUUUGGAAAUUAGGACUUUGAUUUAAUUCUUCAAAUUUGUUUAACUCCUUUUUUUUUCAGAUUAAGAUUCUGUUAUUGAUCCAAAUAAAUGGAAAUGAUUUUUUAUUACAUCUUACAUAUUCAAUUUCAGAACAUAAAUAAAUAAAUAUACUUAGCUAGACAUUUUACACCUAGAGCAAUUUGCACAAUCUUCUCAAGAUAUUUCUCUAGUGUAAAAAUCAGCCAUCACAUAGCAUAAAACUUCACUCCUUUAGUGACAGUAAUGACUUAAUAAGUGAUCAUUUAUGGGGGCUGAUGCACACUGUUGUAUAAGUGACAUACUUUUCACAAAAUUUUAUAAAUGAAGUGUGUGGGAACUGUUGUGUGCUGAGCUCUCUUCAUCAAUGAAAAUGGGUCAAUACUAGGUGACCAUUGCUCUAAAUUUUCUGUUCCAGAUCCGUUUAUACCAGAAAGACUUGGAGACUUCAGCUGGUCCAUGAUAUCCUUUGGCUUCCUAUUCAUCUAUCAUUUCCUACCCCUUCAACUUGUGGCUUAUGUAAGUAACUAAACAUGACCUUUCAUAGAAUUGUAAUACUCGUUUGUAAAUUAUUCAUGACUUAUUUACCGUCACAGAUGGUGGUGAACUGAAAAUAGCUUAGAGAAGAAAGCCUGUUUGAAAUUCAUUUUUAUGAAAUCUUAUGAUUUCUUCUUCUUUUUUUUUUCUGAUCACAGUUGAGAAUAAGUUAAUAUGCCUUACAAUCAGUCUCUGAAAUCUAAAUUUUGGAACUUCACAUUCAACUGACUGUUUAAAAAAAAAAAAAAAAUUUAAUAUUUUUUUUUUUUUUUUUUUUUUAUGAUCACAGUUGAGAAUAAGUUAAUAUGCCUUACAAUCAGUCUCUGAAAUCUAAAUUUUGGAACUUCACAUUCAACUGACUGUUUAAAAAAAAAAAAAAAAGUUAACAUUUAUGUGCUUUCGUCAGGCUUGUAUGUAAAAUUAAAGUUUACAUCUUCCAAUUGAAAAUUGGGCCUCAAAAUACAAACCUAUAGUAGAAACAGACCUAAGGUUCUCACAAAAACAGACUUAAGGGUGUCUAAAUCAUUUUAUUUUUCAUUGUAAAAUAGCACAGACACUUUUUGUUAAUGAAUUUUUACAUCAUGAAGCUUGUUUGCAUUUUCCAACUAAUUUUAGCCUAGAUAUUGAAAUAAUAAAUUUUCAUUAUUUAGACUUGCCUUAAUUUUUUUUUGGAAAAUUUUUUUGGACAUCUAGUUUGAGUAGUUUCAUACAUUAAAUUAAAAUGUAAUAAAUUUCCAUACAUUUCACUGAUGCACUUGAGUUGAACUUAUUCUCUUGAUUCAUAGUCUUUAGCCGAUCAAAAAUGUGUAAGUAGGAUUUAUAUUUCCUGGUGUUUCAACACUGCUAAAUGUAUAAAUUCUCUUUAACACCAGGCCUCACAAGUCAACUUGAAUAACAUGCUCUGCCCGGCUGUUUCCGAUCCCUUCCAUGGCAAAUUUUAUCGUCUGUUUGCCAUAUGCCACCAGUUUAUCCUUAUUCCAACCCUGGGCAAACUAUUUGUGGUGCUGGCCAGGUCGUUCAACAUUUUGCCUUACGAUAACCCGCCCGAUGCAUCCAACAUGGCCGAUGUUCUCUGCUACGAGUCCAGGUACUGCGGCUACAACAUGUGCUGCUCGUCCAGCGCCAGCCAAGCGGAGACGUGUCCAGACACGGGAGACAGCACAGAAAAUGAUAGUGGAAUCACUGGCACCCUCAGCAGAAGCAACCCCCUUGGGCAGUUUGCGGGCUGCAGCUGUCUCUUCUGUAGCAGCCAGGCCGGGUGCUGUCGUGGUAAGGUGGACAACGCAGCCUACGAUUACAGUAACAGUUGCGAAGGCAGAGGAGAGGGCCCCAUGCCUUCAGUGAUGCACAUUGUCAACGGUAGGAUUGUAGAAGGAAAGGUCAACAACGAGGACCCUGUGGUUGUAAAACGUGGAGUGGCAGCGGAGGUGAAAGUCAGCAAUCACCCAUCAGAAGCAAAUCAGGAUGAAGAUGAGCAAGACAAAACACCCCCAGUAUCAGACCUCAGUAAAAAGCGAAAUGGGCACACAAAAUCACAUUGAGACUUUGAAGAUUUCAGGGAAUAUUCUCGAAAUGUUUCUACUAAAUUUAAUCUUUAACAUAUUUUUAAAAGGUAAACAAAAAAAAUUAUCCAGAAUUUUCUUGCAUCAAAGUCAUAAAGUAAUUUUAACUUAUUCCAAUUUUAUGCAAUUUAUCUGUGGAUUUUUAUUUAGCAUUUUUACAUUGAAAAGAUUUUAUAUUGGUAUGAAAUUUUUAGACUCCAUGAAUUAAAAGAAAACAUUCCUGUGGUGCAAUAUCUGUAUGCUGAGCAAAUGUUGAGUAAUUCUGAGGAGGAAUAUUUUCAGUCUCACAAAAACUGAGUCACUAUAUAAAUUGUCUUAAUUUAGUGCAGCCUCCCCAUCUCAUGCACUGGAAAUCAUCAGAGUAGUCAGUUGCCACAUAGAUGUAGGUCACAAACAUGUUUGAAAAGACAGAUAUCCUUUCAGUAAAAUAUUUACAUGUUAUUUCAUAAGUCCUUUGUGAAUAAAUGGUUUGAUAUAUUUAUUAACAGGGCAGGUAAUAGUCCUGGUAUGACCCGUAGCUCAAGCUUAGGAAUUCUGUCAUUUUGUUAACAAAAAAAAAUGUGUAUAUUAUUAUUAUUAUUAUUGCUGCAUUCCUAUAAUUUUUGCAUCAAUGAAAAUCUUGCUGCCCUAAAGAGUUAAGCUUGUGUACAUCCAUUCCAGUUGAAGUUGAUUGGUUAUUUUCUCAGUGUGGUGCACAAGUAGUGAAUGGGCAUGAAUGACUAACAAGUUGCUACAUCUAAUUUCUAGAUCUAAUUUUUGUUUAUUCCACCUACUUCUUCUUUUUUUUUUAACUAUUACAUUUCUUUAUCUACAGAAUUUCUAAAAUUUCCUUAUUAGCACUGCACCGAAAUCUAAAGGUUAUAUUUCUAUAACUCCCUCUCCACAUUUCCUAAAUUGAAAAUUCACUAAAGAGCAAUUUUCUCUAUUCAUUCUCAUAGAAUUCAAAAUAUUUCAGAUCAGUAUGAACUUUACUAGGCAUUGAGUUAGUUUUGCUUUGCUAGAAACAUACUAAUCCUAAUUGAGACAGAUACAGUUACUUGUUUGUUGAUGGAGAAUAAGAAUUAUUCUGUGUCAUGUGUGUGCAUCAAAGGAUGUGUGUACAGUUGAUCUUGUAACAAGGUCACAGUCACUGAUGUAGAACAAUGCUGACUUACAUUACUGGGAAACUUGAACAGUACUCCGUAAACUUGACAGUUGAGCUUGAUCUACCCAUCACAGUAGUCUGUAUACAUGACAGUUGACCUCUUCACAUUAUCCUCUCUCUUCCAACACUUGUUUGGAACCUGGCUGUGUCAAGUUCUGCUGUGCUUGUAUGUGUUCAGUAGUGCAGUCAACAUGGCAAUUAUAAUGAAAUCCUUGCCUUAUCUUAGUUUGAUGGAUGGGGGAAUAAUUUGCAUUUAUUCAUUUACUAAAACCAGUAACAUUAAAAACAAAACAUAUGAAAUUCUCAGAUUUAUUUAUUGUAGAUAUGAUUGUUCUCCUCAUGGAGUUGCUGAACUGAUCUUUUAUUAAAAUAAAUAUUGAAAGUUUAGUCAUAGUUAAUAUUAAAUUGACAGUGCUAGAAAUCUGCAUAAGUUCUGAAACUGUCCUUAGUUUAUGCUGCAUUUAUUUUAACACUGAACUCAACCCUAAUUUAAGCUACCUAGGCAGUAAUAUUCCUGGGUAAUAACUAUUGUAAUAUUAUGAGGCAAUGACUACUUUUAGUUACACCUAUUGGUUAUUUAUUGAUUUUACCAGCCACAUUUAUAUUGGUUGUUAUGACAGUAUUAGACCACUUUGUGUUGCAUGCAUUCAGACCAAUGGAUGCUGGAGAUGCGCUCUCAUGUGUUGCACUAGAGAAAUAGUAACACAUUUAGAAAGCAGAUGAUUUGAUUGUCUAGAUUCAAGCCAUUAUACUUAAAUUCAAGAUUUGUUCCCGUCCUAAGCAUGCAGAGUAUUAUUUAUACCAGUAAACAUUGUUUAACUAGUCAGGGGAUCGUUAUAAAAAUACAAAAGUUUUGUUAUUAGUUUGAAAUACAUUAAGUCACCUAAGUAUAUAGAAGUUGCAUUUUCAAUAUCAUAGUGGAAUGACAACUUCCUAACUCUUAAGUUAUCAACUUAUCUACUAAAUUAAUUCCUUACUGUUGCAUUUCUUUGAUUAAAUCGUGCAAUAUAUCUAAAAUAUUGUUCCACAAAAGACAUUUCAGAUAGGUUUUUAUUGUUGGUUACCAGCAACGUUGUCAUGAGUUGUUUGCUGCAUUCAAAAUGUUCAUAUUUGGAGAGUGACGUUCAAUGAACAGGAGUU